AUGGGGGUGGAGGUCACUGAUCACAAGGGAUGUGCAGCUUUGAGUAUCGAAGGAGGAGAGAUAAAGUUUGAUGACGUCACUUUCCACUAUAGACCAGACCAGCCUAUCCUCAAGAACGUCUCAUUCAAGGUUCCAGCGGGAAAAACUGUUGCAGUGGUUGGUCCGUCUGGGUCUGGGAAGAGUACUUUGAUCCGGCUGGUGUUCCGCUUCUACGAUAUCCAAGGCGGGUGCAUUUCAAUAGACGGACAGGACAUCUCAAAAGUGACCCAGCAUAGUCUCCGCAAGAGCAUCGGGGUCGUUCCGCAGGACACUGUUCUGUUCAGUGACACAAUCGGCUACAACAUCCACUACGGAAGGCCAGAUGCAAGCGAGGAGGAAAUGAAGGUGGCAGCCGAAAGAGCCGACAUCCACGAGAGGAUCAUCCACACAUUCCCAGACGGUUACGAGACCAGGGUCGGCGAAAAGGGGCAGAAGCUUAGUGGGGGAGAGAAACAACGGGUGGCAAUCGCCAGAACUAUUCUCAAGGCUCCUAAAAUAAUUCUGUUGGACGAGGCCACUUCUGCCCUGGACACUCAGACAGAAAGAAAUAUCCAGAGUGCACUUGAUGACGUCAGCAAAGACAGGACCACUCUGGUAGUAGCCCACAGAUUGUCCACUGUGGUCAAUGCGGACAUGAUCAUGGUCCUCAAAGACGGGGUCAUAGUUGAGCGAGGAACUCAUCAAGAAUUGAUAGACACCUCUGGAAGCAUCUAUUCCGAAAUGUGGAACCAACAAGCCACCGUUUUUGGCGAAAAUGAAGCUUAUGAAGGUUCCAAAGGUGUCUAAGAAUGACCAAUAAAGUCGUGCAGCGUAGUCAGAAAACAUCAAAGCGAGAUUAUUUAGACCACAACUUGUAAAUAAUUGUCCUGGAAAUAUUCAAAUUUAGCUUCAUUUUAAAUCUUGUAAUUAUAGUAGAAAGUCAUUGAUGUUUUUAUGAAAAUGCU